GCGUGGAGGAGCGCGUGGAGGAGCGCUGUGGACCCUAUAGUGUCUCGUGCCCAGGACGCGCGCUCAUACACCUCGCGCAGCACAAUGCUGGACACCAAGUUUUUAUCCACGCAAUGAAUUCUGCCAACGAAACCAGAGCGGAGAGAAGUACAGAACAUUACCUUUUUGCAGUUGGCACCUAUAAACUUCUCGCCUUCACCAUCGGGACCAUCGGAGUGUUCGGCUUCUGUAACAACGUUGUUGUCAUCAUACUCUACUGUAAAUUCAAGAGGCUGAGGACGCCCACUAAUUUGCUGCUGGUCAACAUAAGUUUGAGUGAUUUGCUGGUUUCUGUCAUCGGAAUAAACUUUACGUUUGCUGCGUGCGUCAAAGGCGGCUGGACCUGGAGCCAGGCGACAUGCGUGUGGGACGGCUUCAGCAACAGCUUAUUUGGUAUUGUUUCCAUCAUGACCCUGGCAGCGUUGGCCUAUGAACGCUACAUCCGGGUGGUCCAUGCCCAGGUGGUGGACUUCCCCUGGGCAUGGCGGGCCAUUGGCCACAUCUGGCUGUACUCGCUGGCCUGGACGGGGGCUCCUCUGCUGGGGUGGAACCGGUACACAUUGGAGAUCCACCAGCUGGGCUGCUCCCUUGACUGGACAUCUAAGGACCCAAAUGAUGCCUCCUUCAUCCUCCUCUUCCUCCUGGCCUGUUUCUUUGUGCCUGUGGGCAUCAUGAUCUACUGCUAUGGAAACAUACUCUACACAGUGCAAAUGCUGCGCUCCAUCCAGGACCUCCAGACAGUUCAGAUCAUCAAGAUCUUGCGGUAUGAGAAGAAGGUGGCCAUUAUGUUUUUCCUGAUGAUUACCUGCUUCCUGGUGUGUUGGACGCCAUAUGCUGUUGUGUCCAUGUUGGAGGCUUUCGGCAGGACGAACAUGGUCUCUCCCACAGUGGCCAUCAUCCCCUCAUUCUUUGCCAAGUCCAGCACAGCCUACAACCCCCUCAUCUACGUGUUCAUGAGCAGAAAGUUCCGCCGCUGCUUGCUGCAGCUACUGUGCUCGCGGCUCUCUUGGCUCCAGCACAGUCUCAAAGAGCGCCCCCUGGCUCCGGCCCAGCGGCGCCCCAUCCGACCAAUCGUGAUGUCCGGGUCAUGCAACAGCAGAGACAGACCUAAGAAGAGGGUGACUUUCAGCUCCUCCUCUAUCGUUUUCAUCAUCACCAGCAAUGACUUCCACCAACUGGAUGUGACCUCCAAGGCUAGAGAGUCUGCGGAGGUUAAUGUCAUUCAAGUGAGGCCAUUGUGAUCCACAAGGACUGGACUUCUCACCCCACCACUCAGUAUGCCUUAGGACCUAACAUGCAAAUCCAUGCCAAAAAAAUCCUGUCUGACCUCCCUGGACUUUUUUGGUCUACACAGUUAUAGACUUCUUACAGCUACUUGUAAAUAUUCAACUGUCAGCCCAAGAUCUGAGCUAAACCUAUUUCCUGACAGUAUUUUGUCUAAACAGGUAGUAUGAAAGUGUGACAUCCUCAUCUACCAUCAACUGUGGUGAUAUUAGUGCAUAUUGAUGUAGUUAACAACUAGUAAUAUCAUGUUUCUCUUAGAACAAGUAUCACACUUAUUUGUCAAAUAUGCCACACUGUUUAUGUGACAACUGCAGAACUGUGUUAUGUUUUUAGAGGCCAGCGGUGUUAAAGACUUGAGUAUGGAUCAAAAUGUGUUAGCAGAUUUUUUUUGGUUGGUAACCAACUGCAAGUGUGUUUAAUGGAAAAUAAGCCUUAGCUCCUUAGCCAUAAACCACGAUACACAAACUGUCAUUGUUGUGUAUGGAUUCAAUAAAGAGAUCCUAUUUUAAGCUACCUAGCUUGUGUACCAUAUCUGAUUUUAAUCUAAAUCUGCAGGGUGAGGGGAGCAGUCACUGUGAAAUGACAUAUUGUGGAUUUAUGUGUAUGAAGACUACAGGAGUGUAAUUAGAUAAGAGGAGAUGAGACUGGGACCUCAGUAUGCUCCAGUGAGACACUCCUUUCAUAACCUCCUGGGCUGUCAGCUAUGAAUAGACUUGAUGAAUGGAUUUCCAUAGCUGAUAAUAUCCUUGUUAGUGUGGACGUGUGACUGAGUGAGUGAGUGGUCUUUGUUUUUAUACUGUUUACUUUAAUGAAUGGUUAUGGAAAAAAUACGGAAAUAUACUUGUUUGGUAUCUUGUUUUUUUUUCUCAGCUCCCAAAGAGAAAAACAAAGACUAAUUAUUCAUAAGCGAAUAAGCAUUCCUGAUAUAUUAAACUAUUUUUUUAAAGGAAUAUUUUUUUAAUAACAAUGUAUCAAAUUAUAAUGUAAUGUAUAAUGUAACUAAAAUUACCACCUUGUCACAGUUACAAUUCAAUACAUUACAUUACAUGUACGUUUGUGCCAAACUUGAAAACCUAGUCCUGGUAUGGAGGCAUGAAAACAAUGUUACAAUGUAAAAGUGGUCACUUGAAGGGAGUCUUAUAGUGAGUUUCAGCUGACUGUUUAGCUUUCCAACCCACAACUUCACUGUUUUUGGUUCACUCUCACCACUCUCGUAUACCACUUAUCCACCAAAUUAGCCCUGGUUCUUGAAUUAGUUCUGUUUAGGGUUCUUGGAACCACGGUGCUAUCUAUUGAACCAAACAACCCACGUUUCCACCAUUUUUUGGGCAAAACCAUCGUAAUCAAGGAUGCGCCAUAAACAAAGGGCGUUGCACAAUGCACAACGAGGGUAAUCAGGAGGCAAAUUUGCGUUUUCUUGGGAUAGCCAAAGAAAUGACCCGCCCUACUCUCCCUCUGAUUAGCUGGUGCUUGUUGCCUUCGUUGGGUGGGUUGCUUAGGUUUUGGCAAGAGGAAUGAGACUAUUUAGGGUUAUAGUAAAAAUACCAGGAUAAUUAUACCUUGACCAUCCUAGGAAACGCAAAUUCGCAAACAGUUGUAGUAAGAUGGCGGUUCGCAUUGAUUACCUGAGAGCUUUUUUUUUUUUUUUUUUUUUAAUCUUAUUGCAGAUACUUGUUUUUAUCAAAGUAAAAACAAGUUUCUGGGUUUAAAACCAAUUUAUAUUUUUUCAAAAGCCUUCUAUAUUGGUGGUAAAGGGGUAAAAGUGUUGCUUUAGGCCACAGCAGACAGCUGUGCUCCUUUAAGAGACAGAGAAAUGUGUGUAUGUGUGCAUGUAUGGAGGGAGUGAUCAAGCAAGCACAAGCGAGCAGGUGAUAGUGACAGUGAAGGCAGCAGAGCUGAGCAGAAAAACAGGUCUACAGCUAGCAGUGAAGUGAUCAGUUUAGCAGUAAAUGUGCAGUGUAAGUCACAGUUUUUCAGUUAAUAAAGGCUGCCACUACUCAAGACCAAGUGGAGCUCCCGUGUGUUGGGGUUGAGGGGUUACUUUGACCCUGGAGGUAAACAAAUCUCUCAUGUGCUUUCUGACCACGGUCGAGGAGGUGAAGCAGGAACGGUUAACACAAGAACGGACAAAAUUAGCGACUACCUGGUGACCAUAGUGGAGUGUAAGAGCAGCAAAGGAGACAGAUUUUUCUCUCAGAAGUUGGUAGAGACCAAAAACAGAACUAAAAGAAGAGUAAAUAUUGGACUUACAUCCAUCAAGUGGUCAUCACAUGAAUGUUCACAUUACUCCGUAACUGCUG